AAAAGCUUUGUUUUCUCAGUUGUCAAUUUGAAAUAUCGCGUCACCUCAACAAUGCUUGCUUCAACGCGUCCUCCCUCGCCCAAGGUCCCAACACACACACUCUCUCUCUCUCACGUUUAAUCCUCUAUAAAAAGGCUACUACCAAGCUGCUUUACUAACCCAACCAACCCAUAUAGCUACCUCAAAGAAUUACCACACGGUUGGGGAGGGGUGCAGAAACGAGUAUGGAAUCGGUAGCCAGGAAAACUCCGAGCCUAGGCAGCGGGCCAAAUGGUCAGCAGGCCAGGAACUUGUGCGGCCACUUCCAGAUGCCACUGCACUACCCGAGGUACACCAAAGCUGACUACGAAGCCAUGCCAGAGUGGAAGCUUGAUUGUUUGCUUAAAGAGUAUGGACUACUUAUUACCGGAGAUGUUGAGCAGAAGAGAAAGUUCGCCAUGGGAGCAUUUCUCUGGGCUCGCUAGAAUAUUAAUUCCCUGUUAUUAUAAUUCUGGAAACUACAUAGGCAGUGUUAUUUUCUUGGUAUGGUUUCAUUAGUUCCUUCCAGUCUGAUCUUUGGUUUUUCGCGAUCAUUUACCUGAAGGAGAAAGUAGUCGGUACAUGAUCAAACUGAAAGGAAAUAUCAAAUGCAUACAGGGAAAGUGCAAGGCCAAGGAAAUAUAGUAUUUGGAACUACAUAUGUAUUUUAGUUACUAAAAUUAGUAUUGUUAAUACUAGGGUGAUAAAUCUUAGUUUCCUUUUUAAAACCCUUUUUCCUUCUGAUGUCGGCCAACAUUUCCAGAAGUUCGUAAUUAAAUCUUGGGAGAAGGAAUGGCUUGGGUUCUUGAGUAAGAAAUGCGCAAGUCAUGGCCAUGGCGGCAUUUCACAUGGUUAUAAUAAAAAAGAAUCAUUAUAAAGACUUGCAAAUGCGCUCCUAAUCACAAUUUGACAUCAUUCCAUCAUCUAAUCACAUGUGAAAUUGUAGAAGAAGUUACUAAUACUACAUAUAACAUGUAAUAACGACUUUUCCCCCUGUGCUCGAGAGGUUCACUGAACAAUUCUCUCGCCGCGGAAUGACUGAUGAACGGUUAGGGGAUAAUUUUGUUUUGGUUCAAGGCCUAGUUACCCUUGUAGGCUUGAAGCCAGUUAGUCUAGCCCAAAAAAACACAGCCGGGGAGUGGGCUAGACUAGACCAAGCACGGCUACCGCGCUUCCUAGUAAACAAACCGAAAGGCCCAUUUAGUUGGACCAAGAUCAGGGCCCAUUCGAUAAAGAGAACAAGAUGGGGUGUCAACUUCAGCGCAGGUUAGCAUUUGUCGUCAAGCAAAAUAAAAUGCAUUUCACAAAAGGACACACUCAACGGUCCCACUGUAUAAAAUCCAUUUCACGGCCAAACCAGGCUCAAAGGGAGAAAAUAAAAACUAUCAUCUCAUUUCCCUCAUUUCUGUGUUUUUUUAAAAAAGGCGUCCCUCGCGCGCCAGACGUUUGUUUCCCCCUUCCGAUCGAAACCCUAGUUUCAGGAGUAAGGAAAAAGAAAGCAAAAAAUGCCGAGAGAAAUCAUAACGCUGCAGGUGGGACAAUGUGGGAACCAGAUCGGGAUGGAGUUCUGGAAACAGCUCUGCCUCGAGCACGGCAUCAGCAAAGAAGGCAUUCUUGAAGAUUUCGCUACGCAGGGAGGUGACAGGAAAGAUGUCUUUUUCUACCAAGCUGACGAUCAGCAUUACAUACCACGAGCUUUACUCAUAGAUUUGGAACCUAGAGUAAUUAAUGGAAUUCAAAAUAGUGAAUAUCGGAAUCUCUACAAUCAUGAAAAUAUCUUUGUUUCUGAUCACGGUGGAGGUGCCGGAAACAACUGGGCCAGCGGAUACCAUCAGGGAAAGGGUGUUGAAGAGGAUAUAAUGGACAUGAUUGACAGAGAAGCUGAUGGGAGUGAUAGCCUUGAGGGUUUUGUUCUAUGUCAUUCCAUUGCUGGAGGGACAGGCUCAGGUAUGGGUUCCUAUCUGUUGGAGACUCUGAAUGAUCGCUACAGCAAGAAGCUGGUCCAGACAUAUAGUGUAUUCCCUAACCAGAUGGAGACAAGUGAUGUGGUGGUCCAACCCUACAACUCACUUUUGACACUCAAGCGACUAACACUUAAUGCUGAUUGUGUUGUUGUUCUUGACAAUACCGCACUUAAUAGAAUUGCUGUAGAGCGUUUACAUCUAAGUAAUCCUACAUUUGCUCAAACAAAUUCUUUGGUCUCCACUGUGAUGUCUGCUAGCACAACUACACUGCGGUAUCCAGGAUACAUGAACAAUGAUUUGGUUGGUCUUCUUGCCUCUUUAAUUCCAACACCAAGAUGUCAUUUUCUUAUGACAGGUUACACACCACUUACAGUGGAGCGCCAGGCUAAUGUGAUUCGGAAAACUACUGUUCUUGAUGUUAUGAGAAGACUUCUCCAGACAAAAAAUAUUAUGGUUUCCUCUUAUGCACGCACAAAAGAAGCUAGUCAAGCAAAGUAUAUCUCAAUACUUAAUAUCAUUCAAGGAGAAGUAGAUCCUACUCAGGUGCAUGAAAGUCUACAGAGGAUUCGUGAAAGAAAGCUUGUAAAUUUUAUUGAGUGGGGUCCUGCAAGCAUUCAGGUUGCUCUUUCUAGAAAGUCCCCAUAUGUCCAAACUGCUCAUAGGGUGAGUGGUCUUAUGCUAGCAAGUCAUACCAGUAUCCGACACCUCUUCAGCAAAUGUUUGAGCCAGUAUGAGAAGUUGAGAAAGAAGCAAGCAUUUCUUGACAAUUAUCGGAAGUUCCCUAUGUUUGCUGAUAAUGAUCUGUCAGAGUUUGAUGAAUCAAGGGACAUAAUUGAAAGUUUGGUUGAUGAAUACAAGGCCUGUGAGUCACCAGAUUACAUCAAAUGGGGAAUGGAGGAUCCUGACCACAGUUUAACUGGAGAAGAAAAUGCCUCAGGAACGCUGGAUCCAAAAUUGGCAGUGUGAACAAAAAGUUGGCCACAACCAUGUUUUUUCUUUGGAUACCACAUUAAUAUUAGGAGCAUUCUGGAGAUUGGAUUGUAAAUAAAAAAUGAAAAAAUCCAUGUGUAUCUGUACUUGAGUUAUUUUUGUAUUUAACAGAACAGAACAGAAAAAAGAGAGUUGUUUUUGUUUGGUGGAUUAUUUAGUGGCUUGUAAUUUGGUAAUUGGUUUGCGGGUUUUGAUCUAUCAACUCUGGGAUCUUAUUCAAACUAGAAUUACACCUGUGCAGUCCAUUUUCCUUGAUCGGAUUGGACAGAUCUUUUACUAA